CCCUUCCCUUCCCCGCCCGGUUCAGCCCCUGCGCCGCCCUCCCGUACUAUCACCCUGGCCCUGGCCCAUUCCCGCCCGCACCGAGCCCUCCGAACCCACCAGGCCCCGGCGGGCGGUGAGCCAUGGCCGACGUCCGGCUGAGUGAAGGCACCAUCUCCGUGCAGGGGCAGAAGCUCUUCUUCCGCGAGGCCCGGCCCGCCGGCGGGCAGGCUCCGCGCCCCGCUGUGCUCCUGCUCCACGGCAUCCGCUUCUCCUCCGAGACGUGGCUCAAGCUGGGCACGCUGGAGCGAGUGGCCCAGGCGGGCUACCGGGCCGUGGGCAUCGACCUGCCAGGUCUAGGACAUUCCAAGGAAGCAUCUGCCCCCACCGCCAUCGGGGAGCUGGCCCCUAGCAGCUUUCUGCAGAGUGUGUUGGAGGCUCUGGAGCUGGGCUCCACGGUCUUGGUCAGCCCAUCCCUCAGUGGGAUGUAUUCGCUGCCCUUCCUCACGGCCCCCGGCUCCCAGCUCUGUGGCUAUGUGCCUGUUGCCCCCAUCUGCACAGAUAAAGUCAGCCCAGCUGACUAUGGCCGUGUGAAGACUCCCACCCUGAUCGUGUAUGGAGACCAGGAUCCCAUGGGGGAGUCAAGCCUCCAGCACCUGAAGCAGUUGCCUAACCACCAGCCGGCCUGUCUGACAGCCUCUGUCCAGCUCUCCACCUGCCUGUCUGCUCAAAGGGAGCUGGCUCUCUCGGGCCAGGUCUCUGUCUGUCUGUCUGUCUGUCUGUCUCUCUUUCCAGAACUUCAGGUGCAUGAGAAGAAUCAGGAGAAAUAAUGACCAGGAAUCUCACCCACGUGGAGGGUAAUUUAUUAGAAAUGUCUCUCUCCUUGUGCUUCCUCUGCUCCCCCCCACCUCCAGCCCUUCCUGGGUCCUUUUCUGCAGGCUUCUCCACACCCCCUCCCCCUUCAUCUGUCUGUGCUCACACCUGCACAUGUGGGAUUACAGACGCACACCCAUCUAUCUGCUGCAGGAGCCAUACAUCCGGAACACAGGUGCUCAGGGAGCCACACCUCCGUGGGUAUCCCCGGCCUUGCCGGUGGAGGUCUCCAGGGGCAAAGGGGCUCCCUGGGUUGGGGGGAAGGCCUGGGCCCUCAGGUUUCCGGGCAGGGUCUGGAGUUCAGGUGUGCUGCGGUGGGUGCUGCUGUCUGGCCUCUGGGGGUUAGCGUUAACACUUGGUGACGGGCUCUCCUUCCUCCUUCUGUCCGACACCGGUUCCUGAUGCCCGCAGAGCCUGCCUUUUCCUGCCCUUGAAUCAUGGGGCUUGGGAGAGGAACAGUCAAAUAAAGAGACCAGAUCCUCUC